CUCCUCAAAGCCCCCUUUCAUUGUCUGGGUCUGGCGCCUGCGCAGUCAGGCAUCGCUAGGCCCGGGGAAGAGGGAGAGGGCCUGGCUCCUUGCCCUUUGCGAGGCGCCUGCGCACUGAGCUGUCGCUCGCUGCCGUUCCCGCUAUGUGUGGGGCGUGUGUGGAAUAACGUUAUUGCCCAGAGGAGCCGAAGGGCCCGAGCUCCGCGGCGGCGGCGGCGGCGACUACGGCGACGGGGUUUGGGGGAGGACAGCGUGGCAGAGACUGACGGGACGCGCCGCGCCCCGCCUCCCGGUCCGGUCCGGUCGGGUCCCUCUCCGCGGUGAGGGGAUGAUGUAGCUUUGCUAAGGGUUCAGAAGCUAAGCCGAAAUGAGCCUAACAUCCUGGUUUCUUGUGAGCAGUGGAGGCACUCGCCACAGGCUGCCACGAGAGAUGAUUUUUGUUGGAAGAGAUGACUGCGAGCUCAUGCUGCAGUCCCGUAGCGUGGAUAAGCAGCAUGCAGUAAUCAAUUAUGAUGCAUCUAUGGAUGAACAUUUGGUGAAAGAUUUAGGCAGCCUUAAUGGGACUUUUGUGAAUGAUGUAAGGAUACCAGAGCAGACUUAUAUCACUUUGAAACUUGAAGAUAAGCUGAGAUUUGGAUAUGAUACAAAUCUCUUCACUGUAGUUCGAGGAGAAAUGAGAGUACCUGAAGAAGCUCUUAAGCAUGAGAAGUUUACCAUUCAGCUUCAAUUGUCCCAGAAGUCUUCAGAAUCGGAAUUACCAAAAUCAGCAAGUGCUAAAGGCACGGAUUCAAAAGUGGAUGCUACUCCAGAAGUGCCGCACAGAGCCACAGAGGCGCUGAAAUCUGAGGAGAGACCCACGGAUGUUUCUGCUAUGCCCCGUGGUACUCCAUUAUAUGGGCAGCCAUCAUGGUGGGGAGAUGAUGAGGUGGAUGAACAAAGAGCUAUCAAAUCUAAUGGCAAGCCAGAAGAAAAAAGUCAUGAAACUGGGACUUCAGGGUGCAGCAUAGAUGCCAAGCAAGUGGAAGAGCAGUCUGCAGCUGCAAAUGAAGAAGCACUGUUUCCUUUCUGUAGGGAACCAAGUUAUUUUGAAAUUCCUACAAAAGAAUUCCAGCAGCCAUCACAGAUAGCAGAGAGCACUAUUCAUGAGAUUCCAACAAAAGACACACCAAGUUCCCAUACAGCAGGUGCAGGGCACGCUUCAUUUACCAUUGAAUUUGAUGACAGUACGCCAGGAAAAGUAACUAUUAGAGAUCAUGUGACAAAAUUCACUUCUGACCAUCGCCACAAGUCAAAGAAGGCCACUCCUGCAACUCAAGACUUGCCAGGAAUUCAGACAGGAAUGAUGGCACCAGAAAACAAAGUAGCUGACUGGCUAGCACAAAACAACCCUCCUCAAAUGGUGUGGGAGAGAACAGAAGAUGAUUCCAAGAGCAUUAAAAGUGAUGUUCCUGUGUAUUUGAAAAGGUUGAAAGGAAACAAACACGACGAUGGCACACAGAGUGAUUCAGAAAAUGCUGGGGCACACAGGCGCUGUAGCAAGCGUGCAACUCUUGAGGAACAUUUACGACGCCAUUACUCAGAACAGAAAAAGAAGGCCCAAUCUACUGAAAAGCAUCAAGACCAGGCCGUUACUAGCUCUACGCAUCACAGAGGGGGGCAUGGUGUUCCACAUGGGAAAUUGUUAAAACAGAAAUCAGAGGAGCCAUCGGUGUCAAUACCCUUCCUACAAACUGCAUUGUUAAGAAGUUCAGGGAGUCUUGGGCACAGACCAAGCCAGGAGAUGGAUAAAAUGUUAAAAAAUCAAGCUACUUCUGCUACUUCAGAAAAGGAUAAUGAUGAUGACCAAAGUGACAAGGGUACUUAUACCAUUGAGUUAGAGAACCCCAACAGUGAGGAGGUGGAAGCAAGAAAAAUGAUUGACAAGGUAUUCGGAGUAGAUGACAAUCAGGAUUAUAAUAGGCCUGUUAUCAAUGAAAAGCAUAAAGGUCUGAUAAAAGAUUGGGCUCUCAACUCUGCUACAGUAGUAAUGGAAGAAAGACAGCCAUUCAGCACACCUGGGUUUCAUAACUCAGAGGAAGGGAUAUCUUCAUCUGGAAGCAAACGUUGGGUCUCACAGUGGGCUAGUUUGGCUGCUAAUCAUACAAGGCAUGAUUCAGAAGAAAGGUUAAUGGAAUUGUCUGCAACUGUAGAAAAUGAGACGGAUACUGGUGAAGUUGGUGUUUCACUGAGAACUACUAGCUCUGCAGCUUCCUUGGCAAGUCAGGGAGAGAGGAAGAGGCGAACUCUUCCCCAGCUCCCAAAUGAAGAAAAGCCUCUUGAGAGUUCCAGAGCAAAAGUAGUACCCCAGAGGUCAGAGAUAGGAGAGAAGCAAGACACGGAACUGCAGGAAAAGGAAGCAGCUGCCCAUGUCUUCCAGAACGACAAGCGUGUUGCAGACAGAAGUCAGGUGAAUAGGGCAGUCAAUGGUGAGAUUCCUAAAACUGGUGGAGACAGUAGAGCCCUCCCUCUCUCAGGUAGCUCUUCUAGUAAAGAGAGGAAUGAAACUGAUAAAGAAACUCCUUUGGUAAAACAAACAUUAGCUAAAAUCCAACAGGAACAGAAGGAGCAGGCCCAGUGGACUCCUACUAAGUUGUCUUCAAAAAGUGCUUCAGACCACAUAGAUAAAUAUAGGGAGGAGUCUUCUAAGCAAGAGUUGCAACUUGUAGAAAAAAUGUCAGGACAUUCUACAAGCAAAGGAGAAAGAAUAACACAAAAUGAAAGCAAGAGAAAAAAGGCUGAGGAAAUUCCAAAAAGUCAGACUUCAAAAGGAGACAAGAAAGAGUCCUCCAAGUCUUUAGUGCGGCAAGGGAGUUUCACCAUAGAAAAGCCCAGUUCAAACAUACCCAUAGAACUUAUUCCUCAUAUCAAUAAGCAGAAUUCAUCUGCUCCCACUUCCUUAGCAUUGGCAUCUGCAAGUAGACUUCGAGAAAGGAGUGACUCUUUGGAUACUGAUUCUAGCAUGGACACAACCUUGAUUCUAAAAGACACAGAAGCAGUGAUGGCAUUUCUUGAAGCUAAACUGCGUGAAGAUAAUAAUAAAACUGAUGAAGGCCCAGAUACUCCCAGUUACAAUAGAGACAAUUCUAUUUCACCGGAAUCUGAUGUAGACACAGCCAGUACAAUUAGUCUGGUUACUGGAGAGACGGAAAGAAAGUCCACCCAAAAGCGGAAGAGUUUCACUAGUCUCUAUAAAGACAGGUGUUCCACGAGUUCCCCUUCCAAAGAUGCUACAAAGUCAGGCACUAGGGAGAAAAUUGAAAAGAAAGCAAAAAGCCGCUCUACAGAUAUAGGUACAAGAGCAGAUGGUCGAAAAUUUGUACAGUCCAGUGGAAGAAUCCGGCAGCCUUCUGUAGACUUAACAGAUGAUGAUCAGACCUCUAGUGUACCUCAUUCUGCUAUUUCUGACAUUAUGUCAUCUGACCAGGAAACAUACUCCUGUAAAUCCCAUGGAAGGACUCCACUUACCUCAGCUGAUGAGCACAACAUGCAUUCCAAACUGGAAGGAGGCAAAGGAACAAAGUCUAAGACUUCUCCCAUUGCCUCUGGUUCAUCAAGUAAAUCAACCACUCUCCCGAGGCCACGGCCCACCAGGACUUCUCUCCUGCGUCGAGCCCGGCUGGGUGAAGCUUCUGACAGUGAACUUGCUGAUGCUGACAAAGCAUCUGUUGCCUCCGAAGUGUCCACCACAAGUUCCACAUCAAAACCACCCACAGGCAGGCGAACAAUCUCUCGGAUUGAUUUAUUGGCUCAGCCUCGAAGAACAAGACUUGGCUCAUUAUCUGCCCGUAGUGACUCUGAAGCAACAAUAUCAAGAAGUAGUGCCUCUUCACGCACUGCAGAAGCCAUCAUUAGGAGUGGAGCCAGAUUAGUGCCAUCCGAUAAGUUUUCUCCUAGAACUAGAGCUAACAGUAUCUCGCGGCUAUCAGACUCCAAGGUCAAAAGCGUGACCUCCACUCAUGGCUCACCUUCAGUAAAUUCAAGAUGGAGGCGCUUUCCUACUGAUUAUGCUUCCACCUCAGAAGAUGAAUUUGGAUCAAACCGUAAUUCCCCUAAACAUACUCGUCUACGUACUUCUCCAGCCCUGAAAACCACUCGCAUGCAGAGCACUGGAUCAGCAAUGCCUGCUAGUUCUUCAUUCAAGCACCGAAUUAAAGAACAGGAAGACUAUAUCCGAGAUUGGACUGCCCAUCGGGAAGAGAUAGCCAGGAUCAGCCAAGAUCUUGCUCUCAUUGCUCGGGAGAUCAACGAUGUAGCAGGAGAAAUAGAUUCAGUGACUUCCUCAGGCACUGCCCCUAGUACCACAGUAAGCACUGCUGCCACCACCCCUGGCUCUGCCAUAGACACUAGAGAAGAGUUGGUUGACCGUGUUUUUGAUGAAAGCCUCAACUUCCGAAAGAUACCUCCAUUAGUUCAUUCUAAAACACCAGAAGGAAACAAUGGCCGAUCUGGUGAUUCAAGACCUCAGGCAGCAGAGCCUCCUGAUCACCUAACAAUUACAAGACGGAGAACCUGGAGUAGGGAUGAAGUCAUGGGAGAUAAUCUGCUACUGUCAUCUGUCUUUCAGUUCUCUAGAAAGAUAAGACAAUCUAUUGAUAAAACAGCUGGGAAAAUUAGAAUAUUAUUUAAAGACAAAGAUCGGAACUGGGAUGACAUAGAGAGCAAGUUAAGAGCUGAAAGUGAAGUUCCAAUUGUGAAGACCUCAAGCAUGGAAAUUUCUUCUAUUUUACAAGAGCUGAAAAGAGUUGAAAAACAGUUGCAAGUGAUCAAUGCCAUGAUUGACCCAGAUGGAACUUUGGAGGCUCUUAACAACAUGGGAUUUCCCAAUGCUAUCCUGCCAUCUCCACCAAAACAGAAGUCCAGUCCUGUUAAUAACCACACCAGCCCUAGUCAGACACCAGCACUUUGCCCCCCAGAAACCAGGGCUCUAGACCCUGUAGCAGCUACAGCCUCAGCUGAGUUUGAGAAUGUUGAAUCUGAGGCUGACUUCAGUAUCCAUUUCAAUAGGUUCAAUCCUGAUGGGGAAGAAGAAGAUGCUACAGUACAUGAGUGACAUUCCCUUGGUUAGAGACAUUACCUGUGGAGUGACUAGGGAUAUUGGAAGCAGCAUGAUGUUGACAUACAAAACAAGAGAGCUUGGUCAGCAACAAUCUUGUUAUCUUUGUCUUCUUGAUUUAUUUAUUUAUUUUUACCUCUAAUGUGUCAUACCAGUCUUUUCAAACCACUCAACCACUUGAAGCACACUUAGCAAAAGGCAGCUUGUGUCGGCUUUGCCUUUUGUGGUUUCAUGGUUUUCAAAUUGAACCAUAUCAUUGCAUCUUUUCCCUUCAUAGAUCUUUGUGUUUGUUUGUUUUAAGCCAUACUAUGACCUACAAACUAAAAUAUCCAUCAUUUCUGAGCCCCUGUGUCUCCUGUGCCAAGCUACUCCCUGAGAUGAACUUCUCUUCAGCUGUACAGAUUGUUAAACCAUUCAAUUUGCUUCUUAAUAAUAGGGUUUAUAUUAUUACUCACUGUCAUUGAACACAGUGACACCAUGCUCGGUAGAGUAAAGCAGAACCUCCACAGCAAUCAUCCUGUGUCUGAAGAUUUUUCCAAUAUAGUGUGAUUUUAUAUAACUAUUGCUAAUUAACUUGUCUUGGGAUUUAUGGAAAUUAACUAUUAUGUUUGCACUAAGAUUUACUGGGAGUGAUAGAUGGACAUAUCUAUAUAUCAUUAAGGACUGACUUAUCUUUCUGUACAUAGGAAGUUAACAUACUGUAUUUGUUUUAACCCCACAGUGUUUUACUCCACUUUUCAAAAAGAUCCAUUUGGCACUUUUAUCAUUUUUUUUUUCCCUUACCUCCUUCCCUCCUCAACCUCACCCUUCCUUCCUUCCUUUCUUUUCUUUUGUCUCUCUUUUAGAUGAAAUGACAACUAGAAAGGUCAUACUUGACUGAUAGUUUAGGUGGAGUAUAUUUUUAAAAUUAAGAACAUGUAUAUUUAUCCUGUGUUACCAAGUUUUAAUGUGUCAGUUGGGGGGGAGGGGAUCCCUCUGAAGUGAUCAUGAGUUUAAUUUUUCUUCAUUAGGAGAUAUGGAGAACCAGUAAUUGUGAGAGUAGUUGAUAGUUCCACUCCCAGUCAUUGAAUUGCUUCUGUGUUUCCCUGUAGGUCCAUAGUAACCCUGUGUCAGUAAGUCUUACACAUUUGUAAGGACCCUGCAAGACAGCAACGACGACUAAGGCUCUGGGCUAAUAGCUACUAUAAAGAAAGCCUGUGAAAAAUACCUUCUUUAAACUUUGUUUUUGUUACUGUUUUGUUUUCUUUCCAGUAAGCUCACAUUUCAAUAAGUUUUUAAAUAAAGGAAUUAUUUUUGUGUUUCCAGAACACUAUAAUUUGGGUGAAUUUUAAUUCUUUAAAAUAUUAAUAGGCCUUGAUUUGCUUCAAUGGCCCCAUUAGUCUAUAAAGAGUAAACUGCAACUUUUAUGAUAUGGUCUUUGAUAUAUUAGCAAUAACCUGUGCUACAUUUGUUUUAAGGGAAGGUUAGAUGUAUACUUCAAGAUUUUUCAGGAUUCAAGAAAUCCUGUGCUGUUGGAUCAGUUAAUAAAACUGCAAAAUCUUUUUGUAAACAUGGAAAAGCAAAGUCUGCUGUAUUAUGGAUUUUUCUUUAAAUUAAAAAGAAAAGGAACUGUUCUUAUAAAGAUAAAUUUUCAAUUCUAAUGAAGUAAAGCUUCAAAAGAGUUUCAAAAAUAUAAGGGGAGUGAGAUGCUUUGAAGAAACAAACAAAACAUGCAAACAGGGUCAGUCCAUUUGAAGAAAAAAUAUGCAAAAUAAUCAUCAUUGUUCCCUCCUUUAGUUAAUGUUUGGUACUGAGUCUGUCCACAUGGAAGUACAUGAUAAGGAGUCUAAGAAAGUAUUAAAAUAUAUACUUACAUUAUUGUUUGUUUACACAGUUUUGUUCAAUUAUAAACAUUUGGCCUUUUACUAUGUUAUUUUUAUUUUGUAUGAAUACAUUCUCCUUAUUUAUUUUUGUUACAUUUAUUACGUUAUUUUGUUAUGCAUUUACAACUCCAUUUUUAAAUAAAGUGUUUCUGGAACUUUA